UUAAAUAGACAUCAUACAACUUCCAUGGUCAUUUGCACGUUUGACGUUAGAGUGUCUUAUAUUUCUACAUAAUUGUGCUGCCUUAUGAAAGUAUCUUAGUAAACUUUAUGUUAUUACAUUAAUUGGAUAUAAGAAGUUUAACACGUGUAUUUUUCUACUCGUUUUUCAAGAACAUACUUAUUGAUACUCUACUGUAUUUGAAUACAAUUACACUGGAAUUUUAAUGAUAUAAAUAUGAUGAUCUACUCAAAAUAAAAAAAAAACAGAAUGCUGAGGAUAUUAAAGUGGUAGUUUUUUGUGUGCAUUUGUUCUGUAUGGGGACCAGACUAAGUGUUACCAAAUAUGAACAUUGACCUAUAUGUGUUACUGUGUGUGUUUGCGCUGCUAGACGUAUGCAUUUGUGUCGAAGGUCAUCGCUUUUACGUUUCGGAUCAGGAAACACAAUGGGGACAAAGCAAUUGCACACUGGCUCUCCCAUCUAUUAAUUACACUGAUGAUGGUAUUUUUGCUGAAACAGGACAUGAUGCAAAUUUGUCAUUCCCGGAUGAGGGUUUAUGGGUUGGUUUGUUUCAAGCUCAGCUCAGUUUUGCAUAUGUCGGUUGCAACGCGAUGAAUAAUAGCGGCGUUGACAUCGUACACAAUCUAAGUGAGUGCAGAUGGAAGAGCAAAUGCAAAACAUUUGCAAUAAGAGAAACAGACAAUGAGAAGAUCGAAUGCAAGUGUUUUGACCUUGGUAAUAUUGGUAGAGAAACGAAUUGCACGUCAAUAUGCAAGUCAACCGAUGAAUAUACCUGCGGCCGAAAAGGACAAAAUUACUUUUCAGUAUACACAGUGGAAAAUGUUUCAGUUUCAAAGUGCCUUUUUACUUGUGCAAGUGAGAAUAACUGCCUUGGAUAUUAUAACCAAAGAUUUGCGUGGAUAAAUUGCACGGAAGCGGGGAAAAAAAGGAUAUUUUGUAGCGAUCAGCCUUAUUAUGCCACAGAUGCAAAUAUUUCUGUGGCUGAUCCUGAUACUAAGUCCUGGGCAAAAGGUGGACAAAACUGCUUUGAAAGAAACGAGUACCCUGCAGCUUUCAAACACGUCAACUCUUCUGAGAAACCAUCGGGCCCAGUUCGGUGGACUGGAGUCAUCCGAAUGAGCUCGCUACUACGUUUUGACGAAAUGUACACCAUCUAUGAACCAAAACAGUAUGCAUAUGUCACACUGGAUGAUAUGACACUUAAAGUGCGGUUCGAAGACAAAGUUUCGGUGAAUAGGAAGAGUCUUUGUGAGACGCCUGAUACGAUUACAACAACAAUAACUUCAACAGAUGUCCAUUUGACAUCAACAUCAAAACGUUUUGAAAUGAUGACAAAGGAUAAGGCAGAGAGAGUUGAACCACAAAUUCCGAUUACUGAGAUAUCUGCCGGCGUUUCAACUGCCGUCGUUCUAGUGAUACUAGUCGUCAUUAUCAUCAUACUGUGGAAGAGGGGAGGGCUACGUCGUUUUGGGGGUGAUACAAAGACACCACCAAAUAAUGAAACCCCAAUGCAAUACCUAGAUACUGAGUACACUGAGCCACAAGCACGUGACCAUCCAAAGGCAUAUCCAAAUCAAGGUUAUUCCAUGAACGAAGAAUUGCCAAUGUCAACUAAAAAUAUUACUUCAGGAAAACCACAAAUAUUGGACGAAUAUGAGGAUGUUAACGAUGUAUCUAAAACUAAAAUCAAUCCACAAGGUAUUCAACUAAAUAUCGGUAAUGUACACAACAACAUCAACCGCGAUAUAGAAGAAUAUGACCACCUUAACCACUCAGGAAUCCUAGACCACGCAAUUUCUCAACCAAUAAACGACUAUGAUUCCGCCACCGCCGCAAUAGGUGAAAACCAGGAGGACACAUAUAACCAUUUGAAUGAACGUCCUAAACAGAGACGGAUUACAGAGAAUGAUUACGGAGUACAAGACAAGAACGAAACUAAGGACAUUUAUAACAAACUGAAUGAACGACCUGAACAGAAACACAUGAUGGAAAACAUUUAUGGAAUGCAAGACAAAAACGAAACUGAGAAUGAAUAUGACAUAUCAGUUGAGAGACCAGUCACGUUCAAAGAUAUGUCGGAAAAAGCUAGUGGUGUUAACUAUGAUAAGGUUAACAAAAACUGGUGAUUUAGGGAUUGAGUUUUGUGUUGUUGUUUCAUGUUUCUUGUUUGUGAUAUGUUGUUUAUGAGUUAUAUGUCUUUGGCGUUUACCCUGUGCCAUUAAAUGGGGUUAAUGUUGAAACCUUUGGCUACUGAGCUUGUUUUUGUAGUUUUUCAUAUAAAUAUUGAUUCUUUUUUUCGGGCGUUCAUGCAGUAUGAACGCUAGUCCGUGAUUUUUCAAGUCCAUGAAGCGCGUUAAUCAAUCCUUAUAUUUAAAUUUCCCCUUUUCAUUCCGUUUUUUUGUUUAUAAAGAAAAAAAAUUAAAUUUUAAUUUGUGUUUUAUAUAUGCAUGACAAAGGUCACAAAAGGUCGACCGGUUCAUGCAAGAUGAAAUUUAAUCUUAUCGUUCAUAACAUCAAGUGCGAAUGUGAAUAUUGUACAAUAAAGAUGCAAGUGCGACCCAGUCUUAGGCGGUUUUUCUUGACGCCAUGUAAUCGUACCGUUAUAUCAUAUAUAUUACAUAAAUUACUAUAACAAGUACUUUUUGUUGUUUGAGGAUUAUUUAAACAAUUAUUGUGUGCCUUCUCCUAAUCAUGUGUGUGUAUGUUUCAUUGUAAAUAUUUGUAUAUAUUGUGUUUGUCCUCAUGGGCCGUAUGGCUUAUUGGAUUUUAAAAUAAACUC